GGAGCAGAGAGCGGAGCCUCCACUCGAGCAGAGCCAGGACCGGGACUCCAGGGGUCAGAACUUUUCUUGGGGACAGCGCAAGCACUGUGCCACCUCACCUGGCCCUCACCCACCUUUCAGCCUCAGGUCCCAAACCUCUGUCCUGGAGGCCACUUGUGCCAACGACCCCAGCAGAGGAGAACAAACUUUCUUAGGGUUACUACCUCUGUGGCCAUGCUGGCUGGAUAGGGAGAAGCAGACGGCUGGACAGACUGAAGGACAGAAGGACAGAUCAUCUGCGAGCCUGUCCUCUCAGUCCUGCCUCUGACAGACAGCAGCAGAGGGGCCUAGGCUCCACGAGGGGCAGUGAGGGGCCCUGCCGGACCUCUGUCCCCCAGCAGCCACCUCUGAGCACAGGAGGCUGAGAGCUGCUUCCCAAGGCCCAGCCUGUGACUGGAAGCUGAGUGGGUCAGGGCAGGAGACCCCAUCAGACAGAGCCACUGGCUCUUCCACCCACCGAGGCGACGGGCAACCUGAGCGAAAAGGCACAAGUGGUGGGUGGGCAGGUGUGGGGCCCGAAGGCCGGCAGGCUGCUGACCCUGGAAUGCUCUGGCUCGGGGACCCCUGCCCAGGCCAGGGACAAUGCUGCUGAAGCCACCACUGGCCACCCCUGCCCCAUCCUGGAGCUGCCUCCGGCCUGGCCCAUGGGCUGUGGAGCCGACGACAUGCCAGCCUUCUGCUUCGUCUGCUUCCACAGGGAGGAGGAGGAGGAGCUGCUGGAAGAGGUACCGCUGCAGAGGGAGAAGAUGAGUGUGGGCUGCCCAGAGCCUGAGCCGCCCCACUCCCUGCCCUGCUGUGGGCCAGGGACUGCCCCUGGGCCGGGUGCUGGUGUGCCCCUUCUCACUGAAGACAUGCAGGCACUGACCCUCCGCACGCUGGCCGCUAGCGACGUCACCAAGCACUACGAGCUGGUCCGAGAGCUGGGUAAAGGCACCUAUGGAAAGGUUGACCUGGUGGCCCACAAGGGCACAGGCACGAAAAUGGCCCUGAAGUUUGUGAACAAGAGCAAAACCAAGCUGAAGAACUUCCUGCGGGAGGUGAGCAUCACCAACAGCCUCUCCUCCAGCCCCUUCAUCAUCAAGGUCUUCGAUGUGGUCUUUGAGACGGAGGACUGCUACGUCUUCGCCCAGGAGUAUGCGCCCGCUGGGGACCUGUUUGACAUCAUCCCUCCCCAGGUGGGGCUCCCCGAAGACACGGUGAAGCGCUGCGUGCAGCAGCUGGGCCUGGCGCUGGACUUCAUGCACGGGCGGCAGCUGGUGCACCGCGACAUCAAGCCGGAGAACGUGCUGCUGUUUGACCGUGAGUGCCGCCGCGUGAAGCUGGCCGACUUCGGUAUGACGCGCCGCGUGGGCUGCCGCGUGAAGCGUGUCAGCGGCACGAUCCCCUACACGGCGCCUGAGGUGUGCCAGGCGGGCCGCGCCGACGGGCUGGCGGUGGACACAGGCGUGGACGUGUGGGCCUUCGGCGUGCUCAUCUUCUGCGUGCUCACCGGCAACUUCCCGUGGGAGGCAGCCUCGGGCGCCGACGCCUUCUUCGAGGAGUUCGUGCGCUGGCAGCGCGGCCGCCUGCCCGGGCUGCCGUCGCAGUGGCGCCGCUUCACCGAGCCGGCGCUGCGCAUGUUCCAGCGGCUGCUGGCACUAGAGCCCGAGCGCCGGGGCCCAGCCAAGGAGGUGUUCCGCUUCCUCAAGCACGAGCUCACGUCCGAGCUGCGGCGCCGGCCCUCGCACCGCGGCGCACGCCGGCCACCCGGGGACCGCCCGCCCGCAGCUGGGCCGCUGCGCCUCGAGGCGCCUGGGCCGCUCAAGCGGACGGUGCUGACCGAGAGCAGCAGCAGUGGCUCCCGGCCCGCGCCCCCUGCCAUUGGGCCACCGCCCGGGCCCGGGCCCGAGGCUGCCCUGCCCCCCGCAGGGCCCACUGGCAGGACCGACGGCCGCCCGGACAAGAGCAAAGGGCAGGUGGUGCUGGCCACGGCCAUCGAGAUCUGCGUCUGAGCCGCCCCCGCCGCCCGCGGGCCAGGGCGCCGAGCACGCUGCCAGGCAGGGGCGUGGGGAGCCACCCCAGGCCGCUCCGAGCCGCUGGUUGCCCGUGGCGACGGGAGAGAGAAGCGGCGGACUCGGCAGGACACGGGCCGGUGACUAGCCACCAAAAGACCUCGCACGGCCCGGGGGCGUACCGGGGCGGGACCCGGAGGAGCCACGCCCACAGACCCAAGCGUUCAGAGCCCCUGUCCCCCCACACCAGGAGCAAGGGAGCUUGCGGGCCAGACCCCACACCUCCCUGAGUCCUGCAACACCACUAGUUGCUCCUGGCCCUUCCCACAUCAUCCCACAGUUCCACCUCAGGCCCUGACCUCCUGGCCACCCCACUCUGCCCCCUCCCCACCCUGGGCACAGAAGGGAACUUAAGUGUUGGGCAGAGAAGGAGCUUAAGGCCCCUGGGCACUGGCUGGGAUGAAGACUAUGAGCUGAGAGCAGCUGUGUCCUGCCCCUUUCCUGGGAACUGGAGGGGAGGCGCCAAGCCCCUGGAAAAUGUGGCAAACGUCUGGAUGUCACUUAAGUGUGUGUGUGCAGGCACAGGCCCCAAGAAUCUAGUGACUCCCUCACGCCCCUGUUCCACUGGUGAGGACACACAGCCAAGAAGGGAAGAAACCUGCCUCUGGCCACGCAGCCACCGAAAUGCAGAGCAGUAGACCUCCCCUCUCCCAACACCCCCCCCCCCCACACACACACACAAGGGAUUGUCCUGACAAAUCCUGGGGACGGAAGGGCUCCCGGGGCAGGGGUCUCAGCUGCCCCUGCAUCCUUAGGACAGGGCCCAACUCCCCUGCCAGGUGCACCUUCCCCAGGCCCAGGGGCCUCUCCCAGGUCCUCCCAUUCCUCGCUGUGCCAGCCCAGACUCAGUGGCCUGGGCUUCAGGCAGGCGGCCAGGUAAUUUGCACCAGGAAUUUCUCCUGGGUUUCUCUUGGUGUCAAACUUGUCAACCUCCAAGACUCAGGCUGACCCAGUCUCCCAAGUUGCUGGUCUGGAGUACGCAGGGGUAGCAGUUUCCUCUGCAGGUGUGAGAAUGGGGGCUGUGGAAGUGUGUGAAUAGGUGUGUGCUGUAUAGAGUGCACACAUGUGAGUGUAGCCAUGUGCCCCAGUGACUCCACCCGCCCUCCACGCCGCCCAGGCUUCUCUCCAGGCAGCUGUCCAAGGGCUGCGGGCCUGUGUGUCACACACCCCUCAGGGAACCGGGCGGGGAGGCACCUGCAGGUUGAUACAGGCCUCCAGGCAGCAAAACCGAGAGGAGAGGAACCCAGCCUGGCCCAGCAUCCCCUCAUAACCCCCCUCCCCCUCCUGGAGGUCUGGGACCCUGCAAUAACCUUGACAUGGUCGAGGCUACUCCCUCUGCCUGGCAGUGCCCAUCCACCAUCCUGGGCCGCCCCUGCCAGGCUCCCUUCUGGAUUCUGGGGCAUUUGAGGAGCUCCUUCAUGGGCCAGGCUGCCUAGGGGGGUACCAAUCACCUUCCGGCCUGGAGCCCCCGCCUCUCCAGCCACCCCUCACUCCCACUGCGCAAAAGGGCUAUAGGUCUCCCUGCCCUGCCCAGGUCCAGUUUACAAACAGCAUGUGGUCGCCCCAGGGCCUGGCCCCACUCUCCUCGUGUGCCCACUCCUCUCAAGACCCCACCUCCCCACUGGGCACGGGGCCCUCCACACGCCAGGUAAGUAGCCAACCCCUCCUCCCACCAUGGGCCAUGUCUCCGAGAUGGCCCCCAUCACUGCCCCCAGCCCACCUGGAGCCCAGCCGGGCCCACCUCUCCCAGCCUCGACUUCUCUUGCCUUAGGCCUCUCGACAUCCUGAUCUCCUGCAAUAACAAGGAAGCGAGAUUCCACAGUAGUCCCUCACCUUAGUUCUCUCUCUCUCUCUCUCUCUCUCUCUCUCUCAAGAUCCUGUCUGGGAGCUUUCUCCCUUGUCGUAGUAGUAGGAUGGUAGCGUUGGGAAGGGACCGUAGUUAUGUAGCCUGGCCCCCCUCGUUUUCAGAGGCAUUGAGGGGCAGCGACCAACCUGACACCAAAGCGGGACUGGAAUCAGGUCAAGGCUCUGCUGCUGCUGCCGCCACCUCUGCUGGUCGGGUUGGGACCCUUUGCCCCUUAGGAGAGGUGUUGGUCACAGAUGUUUACCUCAGUUUAUGUCACUGUUGAAGAAACAAAAAAUAAUAGCAAAAAAUAACACGUAGUCAUGAAGUCUUAGAAGACAGAAAAACUCACAUACAAGAAUAUCUCUCCCCUAGCGAUUCUUCUGUGAAGGUACUGUGUGUGUGUGUGUAUGUGUGCGUGUGUGCGUGUGUGUCUGUCCCAUUACAGGCAGGCUGGGUCAUGCUGACCUCUGUCCCAGCCCCCGUGUCCCCCACACUGCCCCGUCCUUCGGUGCUUCCCAGAGGCCCCUCUGAGCUGGCCUGUGGGGUGUGGGGGGCCCCUGAGGCGGGACAUAGGGCCACAGGUCAGCUAGAGGGUCUCCCACCAGGCCCACCAAGCAGGGCCCUGAGGCUGCCUCACACUCUCUGAACCCACGCUAUGACCGGUAGGAAAGUCUUGGUGGUGGGAUCAGCUCGGGGCCUGGGGCAGGGGCGUAAGUGGAAUCCCGCCCCAGAACCUCAGAUCCUCAUGUCUUGCCGCCCCCCACCCCAUAUGUUUGUAAAUACUCUGGCAUCCUUUGGCCCUGAGAAGGUUUUUAAAUGUGUUAUUUACUUCUUUAAUCAUGACAAUUGCUAUAAAAUAAAAUUAGAAAAAUUA